AUGCCUACUACUACUGCUACUACUACUGCUACUACACCAACGUCUACAUCUAUAGCUACUACUACUACUACUACUGCUGCUGCUACUACUACUACGCCAACGUCUACAUCUAUAGCUACUACUGCUACUGCUGCUACUCCUGUUGUAGUUGUUACUAGCGGUACUUCUACUAAUAAGCCUGAGGCACCUACUAAGUCUAUUGUGAUCAAAGAUGAAACUCCCGCUAUUAAGGAGCAAAAGGUCUUUAUUGGUAAUCUCUCGUUUAGUACUACAAAGGAGUCCCUUACCUCUUUUGCUGAAAGCGCUGGUAAAGUUUUGGAGGCAAUUAUUAUCAAAAGAGGUCGUAGACCCAUUGGUUAUGGUUUUGUCACAUUUGAGACAGAAGGAGCUGUUCAGAAGGCCAUCAAGGAAUUUGAUCAUAAGAUGCUGGAUGGUCGUGAAAUUAAUGUUCAAAUGGCUCGUCCAAAGGAAAUCAAUAACGAAUCAGAACAUGAUACAUCUCAUAGAAAGAAGCGCUCCUUUAGACGUCGUAAUAAUAAUAAUCAACAUCGUCGUCGUCGUCGUCGUCAGCGUGCUGAAUCUUCAUCUACUAUUGAUAAAAAGGAAACAGUAGAUCAACCCAAGAAAGACGAAGUCAAAAGGAAUCAAAUAGAAGAAACUCCUCUUGAUGAGAAUAAACGCUCAAUUAAAAAGAAGAACAAUAAUAGGGUUAAGCCUGAAAGGAUCCCCACUGAACCCUCCAAGACCACUCUUUUCGUUGCCAACUUACCUUAUGCUACUACAUCUGAAGAACUGAAAGAUCAGGUCUUUAAAAAUUAUAAAGUCGUUUCUGCUUAUAUCGCUCGUAUGAGAAAUGGUCGUUCUAAAGGAUAUGGUUUUGUUGAAUUUGAAAAUGAAAAGGAACAAUUGAAAGCCCUAGAGUUGACAAAGGAUCUUGCCUUGGAUGGACGUUCUAUCUAUUUGAAAAUUGCCUUCACUGCUUUAAAGAAGAAGGAAGAAGAAGAAGAGGAAACUAAUAAGGUUGAAGUUUUAAAAGUAAAUGAUACCAAAAAAUAAUUCCAUUACUACGUAGAGUAUAAUAUGCAAUGAAUACUUUGCAUGUAAUAUACAUACAUAUACAUAUACAUAUACAUACAGAUAUAUAUAUAUAUAUGUAUAUAUAUACAUACAUAUACAUAUACAUAUACAUACAGAUAUAUAUAUAUAUAUGUAUAUAUAUACAUACAUAUA